AAUAUCGAUUUGUUAAGCUAUUUAAUCGAAAAUGUCAAGUUGACGUUUAUCGAGAAAUCAACAACCCAGUUUGAGGUUAAGUGGUGUUGUCGAUUUUAUUUAUUUUUAUGCGUUUUUCUCGCAAUAUAGUGCAAAAUUGAACAAUAUACAGCCACACAACUUUAGUCAUGGAUGCAGAAGAUAAACAAUUUAUAAAGAAACCCACGAAAGUCGAGGAAAUGUCGAAGGAGCAAAUUCGUGAAGCCAUACAGAAGAAGCGUGAAUGUAACGCAAAAGCCCAGGUUAUCGUGGAAAGUUUACUUGAAAAGGGCAUUUCGGACACUUAUCUCCUUCAGUGCCUGCCGGAUAUUAACCAGAGUCACUUUGAAGACAUUAUUGAAGAGAGAGCUAUUUUGCAUGAAUGUGGUUACCCUUUAUGCUCAAAUGACUUGCUAGAGAAAGAUAUACCCAAACAAAAGUAUCGAAUAUCAUUGAGAACUAACAAGGUAUACGAUAUUACAGCCAGGAAAAACUUUUGCAGUAACAGUUGUUACAAAGCCGCUAUGUUUGUUCAGAAGCAAAUGUUGACAAGUCCAUUGUGGUUCAGAGAGUAUGAAAAGAUACCUACAUUCAAUCUAUUGGUUGAAGACCAUGUUGGUAGUCUUGGACAUGAGAUAGAUGUGGCAUUAAUAGAGAAGGUUAAUAUAAAACCCAAAAUGUUCUCUUCAAUCUAUGACUUUGCAAAUGCCAAUCUUAAUGAGUUAGCUGGAAAUGAAAAUGAUCCUGAAGGAACUGCUGAAAAAGGGUUAGAAACUUAUCAACUCCAGGAAAACAGUAUUGGCAAAUGUGAAAAUAAGGAGUCAACGGAUACUACAGAACAUUUGACGCCACAAUCAAAUAAAAACUGUAACACUAAUCUUCAAGAUACCAGAAGCCUAUCAAACAAAUCUUCAAUAUCUUGUAAAAAAGAUAUUCUUAAGAAAAAGCCUACUCCCAAUCCUAUGAACAUAGUAGGAGAUGUUAUAGAAAAAAAGGGGCGUGUUGUUGACCCUAUACUAACCAAAACACCUAACACAGAACAACUGUUAUCUGAUUCACCAGCAAUUAAAUGUUCUGAAAACAUUGUACUGUCAGCUAAGAAAAUAGUGAGCAAGAAACAGCCAGCGAUAACAACUAUAACAAUUGAAGUAGAAAAAUGCCUGGCAGAAUGGUUUACAUUAGACACUCUAAUAUUUCUAUUUGGUGAAAGUAAAGUUAAAGAAAUGGUAGCAGAUAAAGGUGAAUGCAUAAAAGAAUAUAUGGACAACUAUGCAAAAAGCAUAUUUUACACUUCAAAUACAUAUGACCAAUAUCAAGCUUUGUGUCGUAAAUUAAACAUGCUCGAAUUAGAAGAUAGGAAACAUGACUCGGAAACUUUCAAACGGGAAACAAAACCGUUGCCUAAUUAUUCUGUGUUACAGAAGGAAAGUAAGAAAAUGGAAUUGAAAGUCAAUUAUUUCCUUGCCGGUAAAACAAACUUACCUGACCUAUGUGUUGAAGAAAACCCAACAACAGACGAUGAUGAAAACGUACAACUUCCUCUUGUUGACAAGAAUGCACAAAAUGCUUUACGAAGAAAAAUAGUUUGUGAACAUUUAAACAAAGUCUUGCCUGAUCUGCUACGGUCAUUAGGAUUAUUAACUUUAUCUAUAAGUUCUGAUGUCCGAUUGAUAGUUAAUACAUUUAAAUUAAAAGCAAACAAUAUUAUGUUUAAACCUAUUCAAUGGACAUUGAUAGCAAUUAUAAUAAUUAAGUUACUUUCUUUGCGAGACAGGAGAUUAGAGUACUUAUUAGAACAACAAAUGGGGUAUGAACAUAUGCAACUAUUGUUACUGAGUUAUAAACAGGAUGGAGGUUAUUUGGAGAGACUAAUAAGUUGGCUUACUGAUGUUGAUAGACUAUUGGAUACAAAUGACACACAACUCACUGUUGAGUAAGAUAGUGGUGUAACUUGAAUAUAGAGU